CAGUCAUUCUUGUGUUUGAGAGAAACACACCUGACAGGUGAAUAUACAGAAUAUCUGAUGAUCGUCUGGCAGUAAAUUCUCCUCAUGGGAUCGUCUCAUCUAGUCCUGCUCAUCUUUGCAGGACUGAUGCAAUCGGGGCGUGUGCAUUCAGCAGUCCAGAAUCAAACCAGUGCAACCGGUGCUCAACAAUGCACUGAUAUGUCAAAUUCCAGCCAGAAGUUCUUGUUGUGUGCUGGCGUCCCGUCACAGCUUGAAGCGGAUCAUGUGCUGAAUCUGAAGGGACUCAUCAGUGCUGCUCUCGAUGUCUACACAUUCAUGCGCUCCAGCGCGUCGGGUGUCCCGCUCGUGGACAUGUCGGCAGGUGUGGGUGUGGAUGAAGGUCAUGUGAUAAGGGCGUGGCUGGACGUCAGACUCACCCCUCUGCUGUCGUCCAUCUCCAGAAACUUCCUCACGUGUCUCAGCAACAGAAACUUCAGCUGCAGCGCCUACCAGACUGUUGUGAGAGAGUUGAGUCAGCAUUUCUCCAGUCUGGAUCCAUUCAGACAGAAGUGGAUUUACUCUUUCUUCAUGUACCCGUUUCUCUCUAGAAACACAACCUCAGGUUGUGUAGAUGCAGAGGUCAGCAGUGAGGAGUGGCUCUUGAAGAACUUCGGCUCGUUCUCAGUCAUGGCUCAAGUGCGAGACUUCAGCUCCAUCAACAUGCUGUUCAGCGGAUUGGAGGUUUUGCACCUCCUGAGUCCGGAGCAGAAGGCCGAGCUUCUCCUUCAUCCGGAGGUUGUGGGUUUGAGCAACGGUUCUCUUAGUCUGGUCUUCCAAAGUUUACUCGCCUCUCUGAAGCCCUCAGAGAUACCAUCAGAUAACAGCACAUUGUUUUACAUGAGCAGCAUUCCAUCUACCUCAAUGCAGGACCCCCUCAAACAGGCGUUAAAUGGAUUCAUGACGGCGUUUAGACCUGUCGGGAGUUUUGUCCAUAACUUUGUGUCCCUAACACAGCAGCAAAACCUGAGCGGUAUGCGGAGCGCCACGCUAAUGCAGGCCAUGAUAAACCUCACGCUUGCCGAGAUCGCUGCUCCUUUCAAACACAAUUUGACUGGGGAGCUGCAGGACGCGUUUGACCCAACCGAUGUUCGCGACUGGUUCACUCAUGUGGUUUCUCCCAUACUCAGACGAUUCCUUCCCGCCGAUCAGGCGGAAAUCUCCUCCAACCUCACGGCGAUCUUCCAUAACCAGUUUUAUAUUGAGACAGGAAUGGCAUCUGGAGGUCAGAAUGAUAGUCAGCACGUCUGUAGCGUCAGUGUUGAUGACAGAACAUGUGCACUGACUGAUUUGGUGGAACAUGUGUCCACGAUCCUGCACUGUGCAGCCAGCUCAAACCUGACGCUCACAGAGGAGACGCUCCUGGAGGUUCUUCUGCAUCUCUCUCAGAAUCUCAACGCUCUACUGCAGCAGCUCUCCAUGACUAAUUUCAGUUCCCAGAACCCUGACUUCGGUGACAUGCUGAGUCAGAUAGCUGAUGAUACCUUCACGACUCAGAGUUUGCAGGACGAAGCUUUCGUCAGAUUGUGGUUCCAGGUCAAACUGAAGCCUCUUCUCUCCACACUGACUCCAGAAUAUCUCACGUGUCUCAGUUACAAAGAGUUCAGCUGUCAAACCUUCCAGCUACUUGUAUCAGAACUUAGCAACAACAUGUUCCUGAUGUCAUUAGAAGGACCACAGAAUGUUUAUCAGUAUUUUAUCUUCUCAUUCCUGAGCCAAAAGAAUGCUUCAGGUGGCUGUCCCGCUGAGAGCAGCAUCAUCUGGAUGACUCAAAAUCUUGCAGGAUUUUCACAGUUUGCCACAUUGAUAGAUAUUUACCACCUAAACCCAGACUUCAACGCUACCGAUGCUCUCACAGUUUUGUCCCCCCGUCAGACGGCUGAACUGAUAGUAGAAAAUCUGCCGGGUCUCCCCAAGAAAAGCGAGAUCAUAAAUGUAGUUUUCAGUUAUAUUCUAAUUUCUCCUGAAGAGCGUGGUCUGCUUGAGAUGCUGGAACACCUCAUCAUGCUCGCUGGACAGAGGGGUCUGGAGUGUUCAUCAUACCAGCAAAUUGUUCAGAGGCUGCAGGAGUCUUUGCUUCCUCAACACAUGAUGGAGCGGAUCCAAGAAAUAAUAGAGCAGAUGAAAGACAUGGCACCCUUUGACUGUUUUGCUCCGCCUAUUACGUGUAUUUCAACACAAGUCAAUGAAACCUCAGUUUGUUUUGGAGUUGACAGUUCUGAGGUGGUUGAUCUGAUGUCAUCUGGUGUCAUCAUGAGCGUCUCGUGUGAUAUCCGUGUGGAGCAGUACGCUUGUUCUCCAUUGAGCGGCUUCACUGCUGAGAAUCUGGCGGAUCUGCUGACGUGUCAUCUCUCCAGCAACAGCAGCACUUCCUCAAAAGAAAUCUGGAAACUUCUCUUCACCAAAACAAAUGAGAGUCUAGAUCAAGCGCUCACCAUCUUCUCCAGCACCACACAGAAUCUGUCUCAGCCAAUCAGAAGCGAGUCUCUGUCACUGGUGCUGGAUGUGAUCGCUGAGCUGAUGCUGGAGCGGUGGAGUGAUGACCAGUGGAACGAUGUUGUUUUCAUCAGCGCGAUGUUCGGUCAGAAUCUGAAGCUCUUUUUACCGUACGCGUCAUCGACUCUACUGAGCUGCGUCAGCGGCAAAAACCUCAGCUGUCAAACCUUCCAGCAACUUGCGCAGCAGUUCAAUCUUCAGUUUCAUCUGAUGAAUGAGACGCAGAGAAGAACGAUGGUGGACGUCUUCAUCUUACCCUUCCUCAGAAGAAACACCACAGACGGAGGCUGUGCGUUCACUUCUAACAACAACACCGAGUGGAUACUGAAGAACUUUGGCCAGUUUGUUGAGUUGGUGUCUCUCAGAGAUCUGCUCUCCAUCAAUCCACGCUUUGAUCCCUUGGAGACGCUGGUGUAUCUCUCUCCAGUGCAGAAGGUUGAUCUGAUGGUGGACGAUCUUCCUGAUCUUCCAGAGAAAACUGUGACCGUCAAUGAAGUCUUUGAUCAUCUGCUUGAGUCUCCUGUGGAGAGACGUCUUCCUGAAGUUCUCCAGCUGCUUUUUGCUUCCUCUAAAGUGAAUCCUCUGAGUUGUUUGUCGAACCAGAUCAUUUUCAGGAAACUCGAGCAGGUCUUGAGAACAUCAGCUGGUGAUUUGGAGUCGAUUAUCUGGAUGAGUCUUUAUAACUUUAACAGCACGGCACCUGCAGGUUGCUCAUUACUGCCAUCUGUGGAUGAGUGCCCGUUGAUUCCAUUCAAUGAGGCUCAUGUGUGCAGCGGUGUGGACAGCUCUUCGUUACAGCAGCAUCUGAACACUGCAGACGCAACAUCAACAUUCUGUGACUUCAGCGUUCAACAAUACGCAUGUACACCGAUGUUGAAUGUCAGUGUGGAGAAUCUGCUGUCUGUUCUGGAGUGUCAGUCGUCUGCUGAUGAUGUGAGUUCACCGGACAGCUGGAAACUCUUUCUGAUCCGUGUUUCACAUGUGCUGGAUUCUGCUCUCCACACGCUCUCUAACACGUCUAUGUGGUGGAGCGGCCAAUCAGGUUCUGUUAUUCUGGACGUGCUGCGAGAGCUGCGAUUGGACAGACUGACGGACGACGGCGUCAUUGCGUUGUGGUUUAGCGAGCGCCUCAGACCGUUCCUGCCGUUCGCUUCCAGAACUUUCCUGCAGUGUUUGAGCGGCACGAACUUCAGCUGUCAGAACUUCCAGAGAGUUGUGUCAGUGUUUGAUGCAGGAUUUCUUCACAUGAAUGAUCUUCAGCAGCACAUGACAGUGACAGAGUUCCUCGUCCCCAUCAUCCAGAGACAGACGACAGAGUCUGCGUGUGUGUCCAGUAACAGCUCUCUGUGGCUCAGCAGUAAUAUGGGACAGUUUUCUUCACUGCUGACUCUGGAUCAGCUCAUCUCUCUCAACCCACAACUCAAUCUGUUGGAGACGCUGGCGUAUCUGUCUCCGGUGCAGUUGGUCAGUCUGAUGGUGAAUGAUCUUCCUGGUGUUCCAGAGAAAGCGGUGGUCAUUGAUAAAGUGUUUGAGCACCUCAGUGUGCAUCCACAGAAGAUUCCUGACUUUCUACACAACCUGCUCGUCAUGUCAGAAACGAGCAACAUGUUGUGUGAUUCAUACAGAGCCAUUUUCCAUCGUCUGGAUCAUCUGCUCAUCGGUGUGUCCGUGAGUCUGGAGACGGUCAUUCUGAGGAAGAGAACGGCUCUGCUCGAGAGUGUUCCAGCGGGUUGUGUGAGUUACAGCGGUGAGUGUGACAUCACUCCAGUGAACGAAACGGCAGCGUGCAACAAUGUCAACAGCUCUGCUGUGUCGGUGUAUCUCAGCUCGUCUCCUGACCGCAGUCAGCUGUGUGAUUACAGCAUCACACGAUACUCAUGUGCACAGUUGACAGAUCUGAGCUCAGAGGACCUGGAGACGGUGUUGUCAUGUGGUUUCCGUGGUAACGACAGCGUGUCAGACGAGACGUGGAAACUUUUCGUGCAGAAGGUCAAUCCUGUGCUGGGACCUGCGCUUGACCAGCUCAGUGACACGAGGCUGAAUAAGUCCCGCCUCUCAGUGUCGUUCUUGAACAUGAUUGGUGAGGUGACUCUGAGCACGUUCAGCUCAUCCAGUCUGACAGAUGAUUCGUUCGUCCAGCGCUGGUUUAAUGGCAGGCUCCGCCCCUUUUUACCUCACUCCUCUGAAGCGUUUCUGUCCUGUCUCACCACCCGAGACUUCAGCUGUGACACCUUCAGGAUUGUGGUGAAGAGUUUCAGUCAGAGUUCUGACCUCAUGUCUGCUGACACACAAGAAAACGUUUACGUGGACUUCAUCAAAGUCUUCCUGUCGCUCAACAACACUGCAGGUUGUGUGACUGGAACUACGAACAGCUCUGAUUGGCUGAUCAGGAACUUUGGAGAUUUCCAUGUUUUCAGCACAAUCAGCAGCCUGCAGACGCUCAACCCGUCGUUCAGUGUGAUGGACACUUUGAGUCUGAUGAGUAUCAGACAGUUAGUGGAAGUUUCCAGCACACCCGGUCUACUGUCCACCAGCGCUGACGUCAACCAACUGCUGUCCAACAUCCCAACCAAUCAGCUCACAGAGUUCUACACACCUCUCUCUACAUCACUGCAGUCUCAGGGCGUGCCUCUGUCUCCUGCGGUGCGUGAAGAGUUUCUGCAGCAGGUGUUUGUCAGAGGGAAUCUCACGAGCGCAUCAGAUGCUGAUCUCCAGCGCUGGAUCCAGAACAUUCUGCCUCCGUUCAUAACCAACAUCAGCGUUCAACACGUCACGGCGUACUUCAGCGUCCUUCAGGGACGGCGCUGCUCCAUCAGCCAACAGGGGGUUCAGUUGUUGAACUCGUCCAGCUCCAGCUUCACACCUGCGACACAAGAUGAGAUCUAUCUUCAGAUCCUCAGCUCUCUUCAGGGAUCUGUCCCUCUGCGUUGCUAUGGUAACCAGAGUUAUCUCUCAUUCCUGCAAUCAUCCUUCAUGAGCUUCCAGUUCCCGAAUCUGAGCACGUUCCUGUGGCUGAUGCCGCCAGCCCACGUGCCCGAGCUGAUGUCAUCGAUGUCACCGGCAGAGAUCAGCAUCCUUCUCAACCGUCCCAACGCUGUUGAUGAUGUCACUAAAGUGUGCCAGCUUCUCUCCGUGUACCCGAAAACUCCUCAGUACUUACAGACGGAGCCGGUGGGGUCGGAGGUUUUGGCCCGGCAGGUGUUGUCUUGUGUGUGGCCUCUGGUUCUGAGGGUGGAGAACCGUUCUGAGGUGGAUCAGUGGUUUGAUCAGCGACUCGUCCGCUAUCUGCCCUUCCUCACCGCGCAGCUCAUCGCUCCAGACGUCAUGAGGAACGCCUCCUGUCUCUCCUUCAGCAAGUUUGUUUCUGUGAUGGGUAACUAUAACUACAGCGCAGUGGGGUUUUCUCCCAGAGAUAUCUACAGAAACAUUCAGAUCUAUCUGAACACCACAUCAACUCCCCAAUGUUAUGAUCCAUCUCAUUCUGAACUCAACUCCACCGCGUGGUUUGCCACCUACAUCAACACGUUCAUGAGCUUCAUCACUCUGGAUGAUCUGACGCUUCUCUACGGUUCCUCACAGCUUCAGCCCUUCACUGUGAACCUGGACAACCUGAAACUCUUUGAUCAGCUGAGUGUUCCUGAUAACGUCACCGAGUUCUACAUCACACUGCUCUUCCAGCAGGACCCGUCCUUCAGCGCCUACCAUCUUCCUGUGAAGUUCCGUUGUUUGGCACCGCCAAACUCCUUCAUUAAUUUGAGUAUGGAGCAGUUAAUGAUCGUCUCUCCCAGCAUCAAUCAAAACUGCACCAACAUCCAACCCGACGUGUCGGCAGCUCUGUCCAGUAACCCUCAGGUGUUGUCGGUGGAAAGCAUCACAGUUUUGGGUCAGUCGUGUAUUGGUUUGAGUACGGAUCAGCUCAGCAGCGCUGGUGGGCGUGUCCUGCUGGACACUCUGCCUGUGCUCAGCUCUGUGAUUGGCUGGAAUCGGGACCAGGCCAUGGCCAUCAUUGAAAGCCUGCUGUCGUCUGGACUUUACAAGAUCGACAGCGCCAGCAGUCUUCAGGCCAUCGGUUCACUCAUCGUCGGUGUUUCAUCAUCAAUGAUCGUGUCUAUCUCAGGAAAUGAGCUGCUCACGUCCAUUCAAUCAGCUUCCUUUCUGACUCACGUCACCUCUGCACCCGUCAUCGUCCAACAGACUAUCAUCAACCAGAUUAUCGCUGUCAACUCAUCUUCUGAUGUCAUAGUCACAAACGUUCCUGACGUCAUGGCAACGGAGAUCCCGCGCAUCCAUCUGGUCGAUCUGUCGCCUGCUGUGGUGCAAUCACUCAAUGUGAAGAAAUGGAAACACGAGCAGGCCUUUCUGCUGUUUGAAACAGUUGCAGCGAGCAUCAGUGACGCAGACACGAUCUCUUUUCAAGUGCUUCAGGGUUUCACGUGUACUCGAGUUCAGAGUUUUAACACAAUUCAGAUCAAUAAACUGAUUCGCGGCUGCCGGCGGCGUGGUAAUACCACCGUCAUCCUGCAGGAGUCGCAGUUGACGUGUAUGAAUUACUACAUUAAGAACAGCAAUCCAGACGCGUUCACUGAGUAUCCAGUUGAUGUUCUGCUCUAUUACGACUACUCUCUGGUUCAAUCUUCUCGAUGUCGCUCGUAUUUCUCUGCGCUGGGCAAUGCCAACUUCUCUGUGUUAUCCAGCACGCUGUCCUUCAAAAGACAAACACUCUUCAACAACGCCAGAGGCUGUCUGGGUGUGUCAGGGCUUUAUAUCAGUCGUGAGCAGCUGGAUGUUUUGGGAAGUAUGUGUUGUAUUCUGAGUGCUGACUACAUUCAGAACUCUGACCCGCACGUGCUGGAAAAACUCAAAGAGUGUCCGGAUUUAUCAGAACAACAGAUCUCUGCUGUAGAGACUCUACUGCUGUCCGGAAACACAUCAUACGGAUCUUCAGAGAGCUGGAACAGAAUGACUUUGGAGAAUCUGGGGAGUCUGCCUCUGUAUUUCACCUCCAACAUAUGGAGUAAAAUCACCAAGGAAGACAAGCAGAGGUUUCAGAAGGCAUUCAUUCGUGGCCUGAGGAAGAACAACAGAGUGUUCGAGAAUAACCUUUUAAAGAUGACCAAAGAAGCGAGCAAAAGCUCAAGAGUCAAAAGAGCCACCGAAUGUACAGUAGGACGGAUAACACAGGUCUUGGUUUACAGCGACUUGUUUCCAUUUGAUUAUGAUGCCACUCAGUUUGACGUCUGUUUGAGUGUUGAAACGCUGAAGGAGAAUCUGGAAGCCGUCACCGAUAAAGUUUACGAUCCUGCGCUUCAGAGAAUUAUCCUCAACAAACUCAACCAGGUGUAUCCUGACUGACUCUCUGAUGAGCUGCUGCAGGUCUUAGGCUCCACCUCCCGCUCGGCCACGCCCAGUGAGGUCACCAGAUGGAAUGUGACAAAGAUUGACACGCUGUCUUCUCUGAUGGA